ACAGCAGCCAGGGGCAGAGGACUAUGUGGAGUACUGCCGGUGGCUCUCUGCGCUUCUCUUCCGUACAUUGGACCCGUUCGGACUGACAGGAAGACCAGAAAGAGAAGAAACACCUUCUGGAGCGGAGCCCGGAGUGCUCUUAGCGUGCAGGACUGGGCACAAGUGAGAUCACCUGACUUAUAUGGAAUAAUGGGAAUCACGGCCAUUGUGUUUUAAUGUAAAGGAGGAACAGCCAAAGGGAACUCCGCGUAAAAAGACUUCACUUUGUUUCCUGCACCUGGAUCUUCAGGAAAAGAUGUUACCGCGUGUCCCGAAAGAGAACCCAAACUGAUGGGAUGUGUUUUGGGAACUGAGGAACAGCUGUUUGGAUAGACGAGCUCUGCAGCUGAGAGAAGGAGAAAAACAAAGUUCCUUCAACGGGUCCCCUUUAAAAAGAAGGAAGAAUUGAAGGGUUGGAGCCCAGCAGAGAGUUGGAUAUGGGUGCUGUUGCUUCUGGAGUCCGUGUGUCGGAGCCUGCAGCGGGGAUGCACUGCGCAUCUGAUCCGCGACGUUUCACUCCAUGAUGCGGGACCGAAGCUGCACCUGACAACGAGAAACCCGAAUCCAAUCCACAAGGAUCUACCAUGUCCUCACUAUUGACGAGGAAGCUGACCCUGUGCCAGGCCCUGACCUCUAUCCUGCUGCUGGUCUCCCCCAUCUGCCCGUCCCCCCCCCAGAGUUCCUGGGUGUCUGCGUGGCAUCCCUCCGGCGAGGCGUCGUCAGGGCGGCCGGCGCGCGCCCGGCGACAGCUGCACUUCAGGAACGAGUGGGCGACGUGGAGCGGCUGGUCGGUCUGCUCUCGCAGCUGUGGGAGCGGAGCCUCGGUGAGGACACGCACCUGCAUCACCAGGAACCCAGUGGGGGGGCCGUGUACAGGAGAUCCCCGACAAUACAGGAUCUGCAACACUAAGGUGAUUUCAGCUUGUAGGUUCAUGAAGUUUGCUUCAUCCACGCAAGUGAUUUUAGGGUCACAUGGCUCCAACCCCUGUGAACUGAGCUGCCUGGCCCUGGGUCACAACUUCUACUACAACUUUGGCCGUGUGCUCGAUGGCACAGCUUGCAACAAGGAGGGUGGAGCGGUGUGUGUCAACGGCCAGUGCCUGAAGCCCGGCUGUGACUCCAUCUUUGGAUCAAAGCAGCAGGAGGACGCCUGCAUGGUGUGUGGAGGGCAAAACACCACCUGCCUGCACCACAAGAGUGUGUACCAAAGCAACGGUCUGGAGGCAGGCGGGCCUUUUGGAUACAACGAAGUGGCCAUCAUUCCAGCAGGAGCCACUCACAUCCGAGUCACUGAUAACAGCGGGAAUUAUCUAGCCCUCCAGAACGGUCGCUCCCAGUUUGUGAUCAACGGUAACUGGAAGAUCAGCAUUCCAGGCGAGUACAAUGUAGCCGGGACGAAGCUGCUGUACCGGCGCUCGGCAGACACCUGGGAGAGCUUCGAGGUACCAGGACCCACCCAGGAAGACCUCCAUCUAAUGGUGCUGGCGACAGGCAAAAAUCCGAGCAUCGAGUAUGAGUACUGGCUGCCACCGGGCCAGUACGCCCUCCACCAUGGGGAGAGGAGUCCGUUGCGUCAAGCUUACCACACUGCCAACUACCUCCCCUGGGAUCAACCCCCCACCACAACCACCACCACCACCCGGCUUCCUCCUGUCACCACCCGACCCCACUGGUUUAUAAGGCCAGUGAAGCCGCCCCGUCAAUCUCCGCAGCACAACCGCCGGCAGCCCCCCCCGCCCCGCCUGGAGCGGCGGGAGGAGAACCACAGAAACCUCCUGCCUCCACCUUCGCUUGGAAGGCAUUGUGGGAAAUGUCGGCGAGUUAAAGGACGAAGGGAACGCCACAGACAGUAUUGCCAGAAGGACUUUGUUUUCCGGGCCCGAGUCCUCGGGAAGCUGUACAGAGGCGAGGAGACGCGUUAUGACGUCCAGAUCAUCCACACGUACCGGAACGGCUUCCGCCUGGAGCACCGCGAGUUCCUGUGGGUCCCUAAUGUGUGUGACUGCCCCCACCUGGAGGAGGGAAAACAGUACAUACUGAUGGUGCGUCGCCACAUUAACUAUGAGCACACGCUGAACCGCAUCCUGCUAGAGGAGGAGAGCUACGUGGUGCCGUACAGACCCAGAGAGGACGAGCUGCUGCGUCCGCUCGAAAGACUCUGCAGCAACAGAGGACCCAGACAGCCGGCAGGGCUGACGGGAUGAGUGUAGAGGCAAACACUGGCUCAGUCUCACUUCCCUUACACUGCAUUCCCUGCUCCUUGCCUUGCUUCCCUUCCUCGCGUCUUGGUCCGUCCCACCGAGGAAGCACGGGAAAGAUGCGAGAAAAUCGUGCAAAGAGAAAGGAAACAAGGAAUGACACGUCCCUUUCUCUGAAGUAGGGCUGCACGAUAUGAUGAAAAUAUUCAAUAUUGUUGUUGAAAAUCACGAUAAGGAUAUUACUUGCGAUAAAUA